UUUUGAGGCGACGUUAAUGAAGAUAUAAAAGAGGUCACAGUGGGUUUCAGUGUCGUUCAUGAACGUUUUUAACAGCCCGUGUAAGUCUCCGAGCCUUCUCCUUCGCUCAGGAUCACUCGGUUAAGACGAGGCAUCAAAACACCGACCGAACCGAAGAACGACGUCAACACGCCCUGCGCUCUCUGACGGCUGUACGGAGACCAAGAGAAAGUAGUACCUGCUCUGGUAUUACAGAGAAAACGACACAAAUCACGAUGUAACCUCGCUGUAUUCAAUUAUCUUUUUCGUAUAUGUAGCUUUAAAGAACCGACGUGUGGUUAGAGUCAGCAGUGAUGAAUUUUUGAGAAAACACUCAUCGACGCAGCUGUUGUUAUUGUAUUCAUCCGCGGGGUUACAAGGCAAAAAAACCAGCUUGGCAAAAACAGAGCGGAGCGCUGCUGGUAGCUGUUUCAACUGUGUUGAUUUGUGCCAUCUGUAAGCUCCGUGUACAACCGACGAUUUAUUAUACUGCAAACUCCUACAUCUCGCUGCGAUGAAGUUCCAGUACAAAGAGGAGCAUCCGUUUGAGAAGAGGCGAUCGGAGGGAGAGAAAAUAAGGAAGAAGUAUCCUGACAGGGUGCCUGUAAUUGUUGAAAAAGCCCCCAAAGCCAGAAUAGGAGAUUUGGAUAAGAAGAAAUACCUUGUCCCCUCCGAUCUCACAGUGGGCCAGUUCUACUUUCUCAUCCGAAAACGAAUCCAUCUGAGGGCCGAGGAUGCUCUAUUCUUCUUCGUAAACAACGUCAUUCCUCCUACCUCUGCAACCAUGGGCCUGCUAUACCAGGAGCAUCAUGAAGAAGACUUCUUCCUCUACAUUGCCUACAGUGAUGAAAGUGUGUAUGGAGAAUAGAACCAAAGGAGCAGGCUAAUUUCACUCCUCCCUUACCUUCCUUUUAAAAGAAUAUAUAAACCCAUAUCGGCAGCCUAGAGUUCUCAGAGCUAAGACAUAAGAUGCACUUUCGCCGUCUCUUUUUGUAAUUUCUUUUUACGUCUCCUCCUUCAUUCUGCCGUUUGCUUUAUUUUGGGUUUUCAUUACACACAGGUUUUGGCAAGUCAUUUUUCUUUCUUACAAUCAUGGUUCCAGACUGGCCCCAAGCAGCAGCACCUGAUGGAGAUGGAUAGUACUUGAAGGAUAUCUUAUUUUGCCUAGAUCUUCAGCUUUAUCUUCAUUUUACUAAAGCUAUUGAAUUAUUCUCUCCUUGAUCUUGAAAAUAUAUAUAUUUUUGGCCCAUUGCACAUUUGAGGUCUGCUAGCACCUGCUAAGCAGUCAGUUAUAAAAGCCAGGCUAAAGUUAACAUCUUUUUUCUGCUCUCCAGUAUGUGGUUUAAUUACAAUCUGAUAUUAAUAUUUAAUGUUACUUAUUCUUGUACCUAGGUGAUUUUUAGGUGGCUUGAUUUAUGAGAUUGUAAAGCUUUAAGAAUUGAUUUAGAUUGCAGGUUUUUUGUUUUGUUUUUUUUUGUUUUUGUUUUGUUUGUCAUUUGUUUUUUUGAACUCGGUAUUCAGCUGCAUUUCUGGUACCCUUGACUUGUGGUGACCAUAAAAACUAAACACAUACAAACUGUC